AUGGAGCUCCGUAUCUGCAACCCUCUUCGUCGUCUUCCUCUUCUCUCCAAUUGCUCCUAUCAAAUUAAAUCCUCCCAAGUUCGAAGCUUCUCUGUUCGGAGCUGCCGCUUAGACCCCAACGAAUCACACAAGCUAGUUUUGCAAGUGAAGGAGAAGCUUGAGAAAGAUCAUCAAAGUCUCCCUGUAGGCAAAAAUGGAAGAGAUGAUGAGGAUAUGAUCCUCUGGUUUCUCAAGGACCGCAAGUUUUCCAUCGACGAAUCCGUUGAAAGACUGACUAAAGCAAUUAAAUGGCGUGAAGAAUUUGGGGUGUCUGAAUUAUCUCACGAUUCAGUGAAGAGUGUAGCUGAAACUGGAAAAGCUUAUGUACAUGACUUUCUUGAUGUUAAUGGUAGACCAGUUCUCAUAGUGGAUGCCUCUAAGCAUCUUCCUGCUGUGCAUGAUCAUGCUGAGAAUGAGAAGCUCUGCGUGUUUUUGAUUGAGAAGGCAUUGAGUGCCCUUCCAGAAGGGACAGAAGACAUACUUGGAAUCUUUGACCUACGAGGCUUCGGUACAGAGAAUGCAGAUUUAAGUUUCAUAACAUUUUUGUUUGAUGUUUUCUACUAUUAUUAUCCAAAGCGAUUGGGCCAAGUCCUCUUUGUGGAAGCUCCAUUUAUAUUCAAGCCAAUUUGGCAGCUGGCCAAGCCUUUAUUAAAAUCAUAUGCUUCGUUGGUGAGGUUUUGCUCCGUGGAGACUGUCAGGAAGGAAUAUUUUACUGAUGCAACAGUGCCAGCCAAUUUUAGAGACUGA